AUGGCUGUUAUCGACCACACUGCCCAGCUCGCCCACUUCUUUUCCCAGUUGAGGUAUGACGACCUCCCUGAGCAGGUUGUUGAGCAGGCGAAACGGGGGAUUCUCAACAGCCUGGGUUGCGCAUUGGGCUCCUCAGAAACCUCGUCAGCGCAGAAAGUCUUUUCCUUGAUCAACCAGGCUGAUCAAGCAACUCUCCUUGGCAGAGUCGACCGGGCAAGUGUGGAAGAUGCUACAUUGCUCAACGGCGUUGCCCUGACAGCAGCCGAUUAUGACGAUACGCACCUUCGAACUGUGAUUCACCCUUCCGGAACGCCCCUUGCGGCUCUUUUCUCAUGGGCAGAGAACCGUCAUCUGUCUGGCAAAGAGUUCUUGCUUGCUUUUGUCUGCGGAGUUGAAGCGCAAUGCGCGGUGGGAAAUGCGAUAUCGCCGGGGCAUUAUCGGGAUGGAUGGCAUAUCACUGGGACGACUGGAUCGUUUGGCGCAGCUGCUGCGGUUGCAAAGACACUAGAUCUUGAUUCACAUCGAUUCGCAGCGGCACUCGGACAUGCAUGCAGCAUGGCAGGGGGAAUCCGGGCAAUGUUUGGGACGGAUACGAAGACAUUGCACAUGGGGAGAGCUGCGCAAAACGGCAUUCUUGCAGCAAACCUAGCAUUGCAUGGAUUUGAAAGCUGCACAAGGUCCAUUGAAUCAUGGGCAAAGUUGGUAUCGCCAACGGUUAAUGAACAGCUGAUAUCGAUACUUGCACAAGAUGGGAAAUGGCAGAUCCUGCAGAACACUUUCAAGCCGUAUCCCUGCGGAAUUGUCAUACAUCCACUUAUUGAUGGCUGUUUGGAAGCCUUUGCAGACGACAAAGCUAUCGCUGAGAAGCUGGAUACUGUUGACGUCCUCGUGAAUCCCCAAUGCAUUCGGUUGUGCUCAAUCAAGCAUCCCAAAUCCGGUUUGGAAGCCAUUUUCUCAUUAUAUCACGGAUGCGCAGUUGCACUAGUUCGAGGCCAUGCUGGACCAUCGCAAUUCACAGAUCAGGCUUGCAACGAUGCCGCGAUUACAUCUGUCAGAGACAAGGUCAAGGUUGCAACGAAUGAAGCAAUUCAUGAUGAUGAAGCAUAUUUGACUUUCCGAUAUCGUUGCGGCGCGCCUCAGGAGAAGAAGAUCCAUGUUCAGCACGCCACCGGCUGUUUGACAAGACCUAUGACAAAGCUGAGUCUCGAGGAGAAGUUCCUAGAUCAAGCAGUACCAAUUAUCGGAAAGCAAAGAGCUCAAAUGGCGAUGGAAGCAUCCUGGAAUCUUGAAAACGUCGGGGACAUUGCGGAUUUUGCUCGUUUAUUCAGUUUGCUGCACCAAAGUUAA